AUGCCUUCACGUUUAGCAACCCCUGUUCUAACGGUGGACACUGCGAAGAUUCACAAGGUGGAUACCGCAAACACACAGAGCCUUCAUGGAAUGUGGAUGGUAUUUUCUAAAUGCGCAGACUUCAUGGAAGAAGGGCGCCGACUAGAAAACUUGAGCUGGAGACUUUGGACGCGUGAGACAUUUUGCGUGGAACCUGAAAACUCGAGCGAUACUUCUGUCUUGCCUUUGCUUCGAUCGGAAGCCGCAGACCUGCCGGAGCUUUCUGCCAGCGUUGAAUCAGCAGCUUCAGACCAGGCAGAGCGGAUAGAGAAGCACAUUAAGCGUCCUAGAGAUUUGGAUUAUAAGCCUGCUGUUGUUCGCGACGACUCAUAUAGUCUUGGCCGAGCAAAGGAGAAGCAUCUGACAUCUUUGGAUCUGGAGCGUAUGGUGCUUAACAUUAAGGAGAAGAAAAGUCUGGAACCGAUCUCACCGGCCGCAACGCUAGCCCAGCCGAUUGUUGACAUCACACCCCGACCGUCCACGCCUACGCCUACCCCUCCGUCCAACACCACUCUCAAGCGACCGUCGUUUGCUUUGAAUGAUCGCCAAAAACACUCAACCGAAUCUUGCUCAACGACCGCCCCGGACGGCAAUGACAGCGAUACCGCCAACAUGAACAUAGAUGGUUCUGACACCAGCGUCUCCUCGUCAGGUAUUCUGCCGUCCAAACCACAGUUGAUUAAGUCUCCCAGCAUCGUCCGCGGCUUCACCCCCUCCCAGAUCUCUUCUUCAUACCGGUCGCAGCCGAGACUCUCGAACGACUCAGGUACCACCAAAACCCAAGUUCCCGCCAAAUUGUCUCCUUUGAAGAAAAAAGGUGGCAUGUUCACCCUUGGUGGCUCUUCCGGUGAUGACGAUGAGAGUUCUUUUGAGGAUCGCAUGAUGCAUGCUCCUCGCCACAGCUCGCUUUCUGAUCAACUCGAGAAAAGACCGGGCAGCAAUCUCAAUCCCAAAAAGGUUACGACAUUCAAGGACCAGGCCGCAGAUCUUAAAUCGAUGAGGGAUCGUCGUAGCAACGACGAGGAUGCGAUCGAGACGGACGACGACAUCUCGGAGAGUGCCAUCGACGAUGACGAAGAUUCAGACUGGGAAGACUCGGUUACUGAGAGUGGUCGCUCGAGCGUUGAGGAGAAGGGCGGCGGCAUGUUCCAAAGGGUUGAUUCGCGACCGAACUUGGUUUCCCGUCGCUCACUUUUGACGAUGAUGAUGCACCAACCCCUGAAAAUGGGCCAUGCAUCUCGAUCUACUCCCGCCCUACAGCGCUCGCGCCUUACUUCGCCUAAUGGUCCUUCUAUCCCGGCAUCACCCCCGGAGGACGACGAGGAGAGCCUGACAAUGAAGGGGCCUGGUGUUCCGCGUUCAAAGCCGAUCAUCAUGAAGCCUACCCCGGAGUCUGUCGCGCAUUCGCCCCGAACCACCCGCCGAAACAUGUUGGCCACGGAGUUGACGGAAUCCCUUCGUCGCCAUCUCUUAUGGGAGCGACAGCAGAAGAGUGCGACCGCGAAUGCAUUUAAGCGGAGGCAUACGGCUCAUGACAUGGCCAACUUGAAAGAAUAUCCUGGACCUCAAGGCCAACAGCAGCAGCAGCCGCCGGUGGCCGCCUCCAACGGGGUAGCGCCGGGCAAGGAUAAAGAUGUCGCAAGAACCGGCUCUUGGAAUCACACUACUGAUUACGGGCCUUGGGAGUACCACGCAAAGGGAUGGUAG